AUGUUCUUGAGAACUUGUGGUAGGUCAUUGAAGUUUUUGAACUGCCAGCCGUUGGUCAGAAGCAGGUCAAUUCGAUUUCAAGGGUCAUUGCAUGGCUCGACUAAAAAUGUUAGACAUUCAAAUGCUAGUCUGGCUGCUGUGGCUGCAUCUUUGAUAUCUGGAAUUGUUUUGGGCUUGUACACUACUAAAAGAUUGAGGUCAAAUAAGCAAACAUUUCCUCUCAGUUCAAUCACACCGCUUAACGAUCUUUCCCCUCCACAGUAUGGUACUGACGAAGAUUUUGCAAAUUGUAUAAAGGAACUAAUGGAAUUACUGCCCGAUAAGUCUGUUACCACCACCGAGGUCGAAAUUGAACAUCAUACAGACAAUGGUUUUAACCCUUCAAAACCGCUCUCUCACCAAAGACCAAAAUGCAUUGUAUAUCCCAGUUCUACUGAGGAGGUGUCUGCCAUUAUGCAGAUUAUCAACAAGUAUAACAUACCUGUGGUACCUUAUUCAGGAGGUACGUCUUUGGAAGGACACACCUACUCUACUAGACCGGGAAUUGUAUUAAAUACCUCCCGAAUGAACAAAAUAUUAGCAGUGCAUGUUGAUGAUUUGGAUGCUGUGCUUGAAGCAGGAGUAGGAUGGCAGCAAUUGAAUGAAUAUUUAGCAAACCAUGAGGGCAUGGAAAACUUGAUGCUGGGAUGUGACUGUGGUCCUGGCGCCCACGUUUGUGGUAUGGUUAACACGAACGCAUCUGGUAUCGCUGCAACUCGAUACGGGUCUAUGGGAUCAAAUAUUUUGUCAAUAAAGGCCGUUUUAGCUGAUGGAACCGUAGUCAAGACAAAGCAAAGACCAAGAAAGUCUAGUGCUGGCUACAACUUGACGGGCCUUCUUGUCGGAAGUGAGGGUACGCUAGCAAUCGUUACCGAAGUGACAGUGAAGUUACAAGUAAAACCUGCUUACGAGACAGUUGCGGUAGUCCAGUUUCCAACACUAAGAGAUUGUACUAAUGCAGUAGCGACACUAUUCAAGAAAGGCAUUCAACUAAAUGCAGUCGAACUGUUGGAUACUGAAAUGAUGAAAUGUAUUAAUUAUAGCAAUCUUAUAUCGAAAAGCUACGAAAAUUUACCUACGAUUUUCUUCAAGAUUGCUGGUCUAAACGAAGUUGUGGUUAAUGAAUACAUUAAAGAGGUAAAAAAGGUAUCCCAGGAUAAUGAUUGUAAAAUGUUCGAGUUUGCAAAAUCAGAGGAAGAAGCAGAGGAACUUUUUUCUGCAAGGAAGAAUUCUCUCUACAUGAUGUUGGAUUAUGGUUAUAACGAAAUCGACGAGAACGCAAAAAUGUGGAUAACAGAUUGUGCAGUUCCAUUAUCAAGACUGGCUUCCACUCUCGAAGAAGUCAAAAAUUUGAUGUCACAAUAUCCUCUACCUCAUAUGGUCUUAGGCCAUGUGGGGGAUGGAAACUUUCAUUGCGACAUCUUUUAUAUGCCUGACCAGUAUCAAAUGUGUAAGCAAAUUGUUCGCGAAAUGACUGAAAUAACAUUGAAAAAUGAGGGGACCUGUUCCGGUGAGCAUGGAGUUGGCACUGGUAAGAGAGCGAUGUUAGAAUUGGAACUAGGAGAAAAUACCAUUUCAAUGAUGAGAAAACUUAAGUUAGCGCUGGACCCUAAACGGCUGCUGAAUCCAGAUAAAGUAUUUAAGAUAGAUCCCCUUGAUGAAAGCGACGAAUGA